GUUUUGUUCUUCCGUUACGAUAGUUAUUCGAAACAUUUAGCGGGUUUUCGUUAUGCCAGAUAAACGUGGUUUGGCAGUUCAAAAUGUAGAUGAUUUGGAUGCAUCGAAACUUACUGCUCUGUCACCAGAGGUUAUCAGUCGUCAGGCUACUAUAAACAUUGGGACUAUCGGUCAUGUCGCUCACGGGAAAACCACAGUUGUUCGUGCUAUUUCAACUGUUCAUACCAUUCGACACAAAAACGAACUGAUCCGGAAUAUCACGAUAAAACUGGGAUACGCCAAUGCAAAGAUAUACAAAUGCAACAGCGAAGCUUGUGUACGUCCUGGCUGUUACCGUUCCUACGGAAGCGCUACUGAUGACAGCUUACCAUGUCCUAGGCCUGGUUGUGAUGGCACGUUGAUAUUACAGAGGCACGUUUCGUUUGUGGAUUGUCCAGGCCAUGAUAUUCUCAUGGCAACUAUGUUGAACGGUGCUGCUGUAAUGGACGCUGCGUUAUUAUUAAUAGCCAGUAAUGAAGCAUGCCCUCAGCCUCAAACCAGUGAGCAUUUAGCCGCUGUAGAAAUUAUGCAACUGAAGUAUAUUAUUAUUCUUCAGAAUAAGAUUGACUUAAUCAAGGAGAGUCAGGCUCGUGAGCAAUAUGCACAGAUCUUGCGUUUUAUCCAGGGUACUGUUGCUCAAGGUGCCCCAGUUGUUCCUAUAUCUGCACAACUGAAGUAUAACAUUGACGUUGUUUGUGAUUAUAUUGUAAAUCACAUUCCAGUUCCAGUGCGCGAUUUUACGUCGGCACCUCGUCUAAUAGUUAUCAGAUCCUUUGAUGUGAAUAAGCCUGGCUGUGAAGUGGAUGAUUUGCAGGGUGGAGUAGCUGGAGGGAGCAUCUUGCGAGGAGUUUUAAAGGUAGGACAGAAAAUCGAAAUCCGACCAGGUCUUGUUUUAAAAGAUCCUGAAACAGGAGGUGUCACGUGUAAACCUAUUAUUUCAUGCAUUGUUUCGUUGUUUGCGGAGCAAAAUGAUCUCGCUUAUGCCGUACCAGGAGGUUUAAUUGGAGUUGGAACUAAAAUUGACCCACAAUUAUGUCGGGCUGAUCGUCUGGUUGGACACGUCUUAGGUGAAGUUGGUACUCUACCCGAAAUUUAUGUCGAACUGGAGAUAUCAUUCUUUCUUCUACGACGUCUGUUAGGUGUUCGCACUGAAGGUGACCAAAAGGGUGCAAAAGUACAGAAACUAUCUAAAAACGAAGUCUUGAUGGUGAAUAUUGGUUCUCUUUCAAGUGGUGGAUGCGUAAUAGCUGUUAAAGGCGAUCUUGCAAAAAUCCGACUAAACAGUCCUGUUUGCACUCAGGUGGAUGAAAAAAUUGCGUUGAGCAGACGUGUAGAGCGACAUUGGCGUUUGAUUGGUUGGGGGGAGAUCCGACGUGGUGUUACCAUUCAACCGAUCCAAUAGUUAAAACAUGUAAUCAUAUCCGUUUUGCCACUCAAAAAGGAAGAUACGUUGCCGUGAUUGUUUAUUAUGUAUACUCUAUGCCAUCUCACUACAUCGCUCUGUGUAACUUCGGUUGUUGUCUAAACAAGUGUUUUGUAACCUGGAUUCAGUUGUUACUUCUAUUUUCUAUGGUGACAUUUGUAUCUACGAAUCAGUUGCUAAUAUACUCUUAAGCGCUACGUA